AUGCAUCCGUUUUCAUUUCCAUUCCAACCUUAUGAGAUUCAGCUAAAACUGAUGAAUGAGAUUAGAAAUUGUAUUGAGAAUAGGCAGGUUGGAAUUUUCGAGUCGCCGACUGGAACUGGAAAAUCGUUGAGCGUUUUAUGCGCGACGAUGACAUGGCUCGAAGAGGAGAAUGAGCGGAUCGAACGCGAAUUGAAAAUGAAAAUGGAAGAAACGAAGGAAAAUAUCGCGAAAGCUGAAAAUGACGACAAUGCUGAUUGGAUUGCGGCGCAUAAAAAGAAAAUGGAAGCUAGAAGGGAACAAGAUGAGAUUUAUGAAAAAAUCGAAUCGCGAAAAAGAAUUCGCGAGCGUAUCGAAAAUGCGAAAAAGAAUUUGGUGGAGCAAAAUUCGCGAAAACGCAAAAAUUUCCAAGAAACUGAUGAAUUUCGUGUAGAAGAUUUGAUGGAAAAAGAUGAACUUGCACCACCUGAAGAAUAUGAUUCGGACGGUGGAAUUGAGAACAGUUUGGAAGAGGAGGAGAAGCCUCAAAAAUGCACAAAAAUCUUUUACGCGAGUCGAACUCAUUCGCAAUUGGAGCAACUUCUUGAGGAAUUGGCCAAAACUAGAUUUCGGCCGAGAGUUGUAAGCUGCGCCUCGAGAAGCACAUUAUGUGUGAAUGAGCAGGUCACCAAAUUAAAAUUGAACCAUUUGAUCAAUGAAAAAUGCAUGGAGCUGAGAAAGAACAAGCUGAAAGAGCCGAUCGGAGAGAAAAAGUCGAAAAAUGACGAAGGAAAGUGCAAAACUCGGAAGAAUUGCACAAACUCAUGCGAAUAUUAUAAUUCCACGGGAAUCGAGGAGAUCGUGAAUGGAAUUCUUGCUAAUAACCUAAAUAAUACAUUCAAAGUAAUCAAACAUGGUAAAAAUUACACCGGAUGCCCGUAUUUUGCCACUAGGAAAUCGAUUCCCUUAUGCGAAUUAGUGUUAUUACCAUAUCAGGUCAUUUUACAUGGACCAACAAGGCAAGCUUGGGGAAUUGAGCUUGAUGGGAAUGUUGUGGUUCUAGAUGAAGCUCACAAUGUUCUCAACACGAUUGGAUCGUUGUAUUCUGCGGAGAUUUCCACGAGAAGCUUGCAUGUUGCGGUAAAACUGAUUCGAGAGUACAUUGAUGCUUAUAAAUUGCGUUUGAAAGCGAAAAAUUUGCUCUAUAUGCGGCAUCUCUCGCUAUUGGCGAAUUCGAUGCUGAAAUUCCUAACGAGCACCACCAGCGACGAUGUUCUCACAAUAUCCGGCCUACUAAUCAAACUAAAUACGGUUGAAAUCAAUUUGUUCAAACUUGCCGCUUAUAUCGAGCGAACCGAUUUGUGCAAAAAAUUCCAUGGGUUUUACAUGAGAAUGCGGAACGAGGAAGCUCGGCAGCGGAAUUCGAAGCCCAAGUUGAGCGGAAUCGCCAAAUUGAUGGCCAAGGAUGAAGCUGUUGAAGAAUGUGCUCCGAUUCAAGAAGUUGCUCAGCAGAAGGCUGUACCCUCACCGUUGUUUGCUUUCAAGUCGUUCAUUGACGCGAUGACGAAUCGUUGCGAAGAUGGAAGAAUUGUGGUGGAGAAGGCUGCGAACGAGGCGAAAUUGCGCUACAUUCUUCUGAAUCCCGCUGAUCGUCUUGCCGAAGUUGUGAAGGGAGCCCGAGCAACUGUAUUGGUUGGCGGCACUAUGGAGCCAGCGCAGCUUUUGAUCGAGACCCUUUCGCGCGCAAAUUUGGACAACGACAUUCGCCGAUUCUCGUGCUCGCAUGUCAUUGACGAUGAUCAGCUUCUCGCGAUUAGUGUUGAAAGGACGUUCGAUGGCAAACCGUUUCAACUAACCUUCCAGACUCGCGGAAAUGAUACGGUGUUGAAAUCGCUUGGCGAAUCGCUAUUGGCGCUCGUCGAGCAUUUGCCGAAUGGCGUUGUCAUUUUCGUUCCCUCAUACGAUUUUCUGUUCAAUUUGCAUAAAAAAUUGUCGCAAUUCGGAAUCAUGAAGCGAAUCGAAGAGCGUAAAAGUGUGUUCUUCGAGAGUCGUUCGGCGUCAUGCGGCGACGUUUGGGAGAAGUUUAGUCGUGCUGCUGCGCGCGCGUCGAAAGGCGCCGCAUUUUUCGCGGUCGUCGGCGGCAAAAUGAGCGAGGGCAUCAAUUUUUGCGACGAGCUCGGAAGAGCUGUGAUCGUCGUCGGGCUACCGUACCCGAACAGGAAUAGUGUCGAGCUGAAGGAGCGAAUGAGGUUCCUCGACUCUCAAAUGCCAAACGGCGGCAAUCUGCUGUAUGAAUCGUUGUGUAUGCACGCGGUGAAUCAAGCGAUCGGACGAGCGAUCCGCCAUCGACGCGAUUAUGCAGCCGUCUAUUUAUUCGAUGAAAGAUUCGCGAAAGAAUCGACGCGCAGUAAGUUGUCGUCUUGGAUUGGAGAGAAAACGCGUCAUGGAAUGCAGUUUUCCGAAAUAAUUCAAGCGACCAACGCGUUUUUCGCGGAGAAAAACACUCGAGAUUGA